AUGCCUCAAUCAGUUGAAAAUGAAGUAGAGGUGAAGCAGGAACUUAAAUUUAGAGAUAAACCACAUGGGUCAACGCAUAGUACACCAAUGGAUCAGGGGUUGGAAGACCAUUCAGGCGAUGCAGGCAAUCAAGCAGACGAUCAUUACAAACAACGAUUGUCGCCAUUUAGAUACAAAUUACGUUCCUAUAUGUUACCCGUAGUUCGUUACGAAACCGAUGUGUUAUAUAAGCUACAAUCCACGUUGCGAAACCCAAUUUUCGACUUUUAUUUUGCUUGGACUGCGAAUUUGGCAAGCCAUACCUUUUAUAUCUUAAUGUUGCCGCCCCCAGUUUGGUUCGGAGCUAGUAAGAUGGCUAGAGACUUGGUUCAUGUUUUGGGAUGGGGAAUAUACUUGACUGGGUUUUUGAAAGAUUAUUUUUGUUUGCCAAGGCCGAGAUCACCUCCAUUGCAUAGAAUUACCAUGUCUAGUUAUACUACUCAAGAGUAUGGGUUUCCUUCGUCACACGCAGCUAAUGCUACUGCAGUUACCUUGGUUGUUAUGAGCAACAUUAUUCAAAAUCAUAACGCUUUUGAUUCCAAAACAUAUUACAGCCUCAUUGCUGGACUUGUUGUUUAUUACUUUUCUCUAAUAUUUGGAAGAUUAUACACUGGUAUGCAUGGGUUUCUUGACAUUUUUACUGGAUCGGGCGUUGGCUUGGCUGUAUUCUUGUUUCGAUUCUAUUUGGGUCAACAAUGGGACACAUUUUUGUUUAGUCAUGGAUACAUAUUUGGUAUUGCAUUGAUUUUGGGUUUGUAUUUACUCAUGAUUCACAUAUACCCCGAGCCUAUUGACGACUGCCCAUGCUUUGAUGAUUCAGUUGCGUUUGUUGGGGUGUUGAUUGGAUUAGACUUGAGCCAUCUUGUCGGCUACCAAACAUUGCAUUUUUUCAAUUUGAAUAAUUUUGAGGAUUAUUAUCUAGUCCCAUUUGUAAAUGAUGGUGGUGCAUUGAAAAUAGUUGCUAGGUUUUUCCUUGGAGUUGGCUUGGUUGUCACUUGGAAAGCAAUAUCAAAACCAGUUAUAUACACCAUUUUACCUCCCGUGUACAAAAUUAUUGGAGUUUAUCUACCAAGAAGGCACUACAUUUCCACAGCACAUACAAGGGACCCAGUGAGACAUAUCAGAUCCACGUCCAUCUCUAAUGAUGUUGACCAAAUAGGAAACUUUAACAAAUUCAUAAAGGGGGUAUCUGAUCGCAGCAAACUUGACUCAUAUGGACCAAGCAGCGAUAUAGAUUAUUAUGAGAUCAUGGACUAUAACAAAGGUAAGAAGGGGAAAAGAAUCAACUUGGAAAAGCUCAAUUUCAAAAGUGGUGUUUUCAAGGAUCGAUACGAUGUGGAGAUUGUAGGUCGAUUGAUUGUUUAUGCAGGUGUGGCUACUACUUCGGUGUGGGCCUUCUAUUUCGCCGCUAAAUACCUUUAUUUGUGA